UAGCAGCGAUGCUCGAUUGUUUUGGGCUGCAGAUAAGAUGGCCACAGACUGUCAACCGCGAUAAUUCUCACUCUCUUAUUAUUUUUCUUGUGAUAUUAAUAUUUGAAAGUCCCUGAGUGAAAUGGGUUUAUCUCAGAGUUCAGACGUGUCCGAAGGAGGGACGUAUGGAUACCAUGUGCACGGCGUGCAGCCAAAUUCACCUGCAGAAAAAGGCGGACUGCAGCCCUUCUUUGACUUCAUUCUGUCUCUGGACAACAAAAGACUUAAUGAGGAAAAUGACCAACUAAAGGAGAUUCUGAAAGCCAACAUGGAGAAAGCGGUGAGGAUGGAGGUGUACAGCACUAAAACCACAAGGGUUCGUGAGCUGGAGGUGGUGCCCAGUAACAUGUGGGGAGGACAGGGCCUGUUGGGGGCCAGUGUUCGCUUCUGCAGCUACCAAGGAGCCAAUGAGAAUGUCUGGCACGUCCUGGAUGUGGAAGCCAGUUCACCUGCUGCUCUGGCAGGGCUUCAGCCCCACACUGACUACAUCGUUGGAGCAGAUCAGGUUUUGCAAGAUUCAGAAGACUUCUUCUCGCUGAUCGAGGCUCAUGAAGGGAAGCCCCUGAAGCUGCUGGUUUACAACACACUAACAGACAACUGCAGAGAGGUGGUGGUUACACCAAAUGGAGCGUGGGGAGGGGAGGGCAGUUUGGGUUGCGGCAUCGGUUAUGGCUACCUGCACCGAAUCCCUGUACAUCCUGAUGUAUUGACAGUGAAGCCCUCCACCCCUCCUCCUCCUGAGGAGACGCCCUCUCCAGAGCUGCCUACUCAUGGAUUCACAGAGGCGCCUUUGUUGGCACCUUCAAGCCAAAGUGAAGGUGCGACAGACUUGGAGCAGGUCAUCCUCAUGGAAGCUCCUCUACCUCCACCCAUCCAGAGAGUCACGGUCCCUAGCCUCUCUGAUUCCGAAGUGGCAGUGAUGAACCCUGAACCUGCUGAUCUGGUGGACAGGCUGGAUCUGUCCAUGUCGUCCAUCGACAUGACCAACACUUCACUGGCUAUGCACGAGGAGAAAGAUGGUGAAAUCUCCGGUGUUGAGGAGCUGGACGACAGUGAACUUCGCUCAUCAUCGGAAGACACCCAAACUGAGCCGCAAGAGCUGAGCUCCCAGGCAGCCAUGGACCUCACUUCUGCUCUCGCUUCCACUGACAGUUUGUCGGAUUCAGGCGUCCCACCGGCAGAGCCAUCUAACCUCGAGUCCACAGACCUGCUCGGCCCUCUCUGCGAGUCUACUGAUAGCCCAAGUCCACCUAUGGAUGCCCCGUCUCUCCCCGUAGAGCCAGUAGAGCCAGUAGAGCCUCCUGCUGAAGACCCUCCCUCCCCACCUCCUGUCGAUCUCCUCCCAACCUCGAUCGCCGAUGAGCCCGCGGUGGAUGAUUCUUCUGCUCAGGCCAUCGUGGAUGCAGCAGAGCCUCAUGUGUUAAGCUCAGCGGAGGAGCCUGCAGAGCCUCAAGACGAGGCUCCCGCUCACCACUGUGGACAUGAGGGCGAUGAGGAGGAACCAGAAGAGCCGCCUCUUGAGUAAGCUUACAUCAGGCCACACAGAAAGUAGAAAAAUGUAAAACAAAGUCGACAAUCACCUUUUUUUUUUUUUUUUUUU